GGCCCUAACUACCCGAGCAUAUCCCCCCAGACCAGACCUCCCGGAAUUCGUCACCUCCCGCUCCCCCCUACCCCACCCCCCUUCCGGGCAUUUAACCUCGACACGUCUAAACCACUCACUUCCCGCUGCCACUACUUAUUACUACCGCACCCACCCACCCCGUUGACGUCGACCCCGCAUCACACCAACCACAGUCAUGGCGCAACGGUCGGCCCGCGCGCGUUCCAAGCUCGACAAGAUCACAGCCGCGAACGGCACCACAGCACCACAUCCACCUCAACGGAAACCCACACUCGGCCAUGGAGGCGCCCGCCUCGGCUCGGGAGGACUGUUGACCCCGAGUGCUAGCAGUGUGUCGGGAUCGUCGACGCGCAACUCUCAGCCGGCGCCGAGAAUCGGCAAGGGCACGCUGAGGAGCUUCUUCGAUGCGCAGGGAGAGAAGUUAAGGGGCAGGCUCGCCCACGGAAAUCAGCGCAGGGAUACGGAUGGGGCCACGAGCUUUUAUGCUGGUCUGGGUGGCGGUGUAGGUUUGGGACAUGGUGGGAGGGGUGGUGGGGGUGGACUGUCGGGUUUGAGCAGCUUGGGCACCAUUGGCGAGGAGCGUGUGCAGGUACGGAGGUGGGAGGGCACUGGCAGUCGGGGCGAGAAUUGGGAUGGAGGUGGACAGGGCAAGAAGGAUUUGGAGUUAUGGUUUCCGGAUGGCGACACGUUGGUCUACCUCACCGACAAACCGCUGCCGCCGCGGAAUCCGCAUGACCUAUACAAGCCCCCUGUGCCGCAACCUUCCUUCCGGCUACGCUCCAGCGUGCUGAGGAAGACGGAAUCGCUGUAUCUUACCUCAUUACUAGACGAGUCGAUAAGGGACCGGCCCAUGACGCCGGCAGAAAUCGCCGAAGAGUUUCCUGUACACCAGACGGAGGAGCAGCUGAUGGACUACGAGUACCAGUUGCGACGCACCAGGACGCUAGAGCUGACCAGCUCCGCGGCAUCGGCACAUACACAGAACUCGGUAAGGACGCAAGACACCGUCGAGAGCGGCAUCACGUACCGACUCUACUUCCCUGCUUCACCAAGGUAUGACAAGACGACGCGACACAAAUUUCACCUGACGACGCGUAACUUCUUCGCGAUGCUCUUCGGCCAGCCGUUAGUGGGUGUCACGGUAGGACAGGCGCUCACGGAUCUGAUGGAACGCACCGACAAGUACCUCUUUGCCGGUCCUAUACCGAUGGAGUACGAUCUGGCCGAUCGGGGAAUCUCCGAGAUCGAGUCGCCGUUCGGCUCGUUCUCAACAGCCGGGAGUGUCCAUCCGCAAGAGAGGAAGACGUCGAGCCCCAACAGCAUCGCGAUGGUGCUCAAUUACAUUGACGCUCGCGAAUUCAGCGAUGUGCGCAACUGGGCGGAGGGUGCCGCGGGGCUACUCGUGUGGUCCGAGCGCGUCGGGUCCGAUGCCGCGCUGAGGCAGAACCUGACGCCACAUGACUUGCACCGUGUCGAAUCAUUGUGGCGGGAAGGGUUCGUGCAUUGCACGGGGCUGCUUUCGUCCCUGCAGAUGCUACCCGAAUGGCGUGAAAUCUCGCCAAUCACGAAGGCGCUGAUCGACCGCGCGUCUCUCGAGAUCCAGGUACGAGUCAGCAACGCCGACGCAAGGAUGGCUGGAUUCAACUUCCACGACAUGUGGCCCGUCUCUUCCGCGGGACCCCCACCGGCUCGUCUUUCUUUCGACCGGUUCCAGAAGUUCCUGGUAAAGCAUUACACGUCUCGGUUCGGAUCCUGGCCACCGCCAGAGGGCCGUUUCACUCGCACCCUCUACCUUCAUCUGCAGCGUGAUUUCACCACUCUGUACUCCUACAUCGUUGAUCAGGAUGCAGUGUGGUCUCCUCCGCACGACCAGCCCACGCUUUCGUCCAGAAGGACAAUCCUCAAACCGGGUAAUGCCAUCUGGCGGGCCGACGACGAGUUCCUGCCCAUGACGGACAUCCUGAGUACCUUCGAUGACCGCGAGAACCACCCACCGAUUCCGCAUCCCUUCCCCUUGGUGCCCCUUUCGAACCGGGCCGGUACCGUCAUGAUCUCUCCCGGCGGCACUGGCGGCAACAAGAAACAGAAGGGCUUCUCCUUCGCCGGUGCCAACCCUCGCAACCGCAAUUCCACCGGUAACCCCGGGGCAGCGCAAGCAGCACUGGCUCUCAGCGAGAGCACCAACAUCGAAGCGCUGAGGUCGUCUACGACGUCAAACCCGCUCCUCGAAGCCUUCCAGGUUCAUGAAAAGUCAAUUCCCGCACACGAAAUCUCACCCCACGAUGCGCGAAAGGGCCGCUGGAUCAUGAUCUACGGUGUUCUGCAGACUUUGGCUUCCGUCGCCGUCGACGCACCAGGAAUCAACUGGACCGAAGGCGUCGAGUACUGGAUCAACCCGAAGCUGCGCGACACACCCCCAUGGGGCAAAGCGGUGCCCGCAGUGGUUCCCCAAUCACCGACCGGCGAGCGGGGCGACGAACGCUCCCACUUCCGUAGUCACUGCUGGGUCUCGGUAGGCCCCAAGGAGGUUGCCGCCGUGCCGCUGCUUCCGCCCGGCUUCACCGCACCUGCGGUAGCAGCCCGCCGAAUGCGCCAGCGAAGCCGAAGUCGCAGCCGCAAAGCGCUCCGCGCACUACACAGGGAACAAGCCACCAUACCCACCACAUCCGCACAUGCCGCCACAUCACCCGUCGAGCUCCCGGCGAACGACGAGAUAGCUAUGGCAUCGCCCAGGAGCGAGUACUCGCACGAUAAGAACGAGAGCAGUGGCGACGAGGGCGACGACGAAAUGGACGCCGAGAGCCCGUCGCCGCCACCAACGACGCAGAACAUGUUCCGGACGUGGGGACAGCGGCACGUGAAGGGCGACGCGGAGAGUCCUGGCGUCGUACGGGGCGGCACUGCGCCGUGGGAAACGGAGGCUGGGCAGAGGGCGGAGCCGAUGUAGGCAUGUGGGCAAGUGAUUGCGGGUUUCUCGGAGUUUGGGUUUGAUAUCUGCGUUUUUGUUUUGCUUGGGAAUUGAUAUUU